GCACGUCCGGGCUCUAAAGAGUGGUACUUUCUAAAACUCCGGACUAAGGUUCCCCUCCCGUAAAUCUCCUGGGAAAAGCUCCGCAGACCCGGGGAUCCCGGAGGCCAGAAAGACUGUUCUAAUUCCCUACUGACCAGUUAGCCCACUGCCGGUAGAACCGGGACACGUAGGGGCUUUGCUUUCUGGUGGUUCUUGGUCUCCCUCGGCCACCGUAGCGCGGCUGGGCGGCCCGCGGCCGCUGGGGCUCUGGGUUCCGUAAGGACUUAAGGAAGCGGGACCGGGCCGGGCAGGGCCGGGGCUCUGCGGCCGCUAUGGGCAAUUUGUUCGGCCGCAAGAAGCAGAGUCGCAUCACCGAGCAGGACAAAGCCGUCCUGCAAUUGAAGCAACAACGGGAUAAAUUGAAGCAGUACCAGAAGAGGAUCACCCAUCAACUAGAAAAGGAAAGAGAGAUUGCCAGGCAACUUCUUCGUGAUGGAAAGAAAGAAAGGGCAAAGUUACUGCUUAAGAAGAAGCGUUACCAGGAACAACUGUUGGAUAAGACAGAAAACCAAAUCACGAAUCUGGAAACUAUGGUUCAAAAUAUUGAGUUUACGCAGAUUGAAAUGAAAGUGAUUGAAGGCCUGAAGUUUGGAAAUGAGUGUUUGAAUAAAAUGCAUCAGGUCAUGUCCAUAGAAGAAGUAGAAAGGAUAAUGGAUGAAACCCGGGAUGCUGUGGAGUACCAGAAGCAAAUUGAUGAGCUCUUGGCUGGUAGCUUUACUCAAGAAGAUGAAGAUGCCAUCUUAGAGGAACUGCAUGCAAUCACUCAGGAACAAGUAGAGCUUCCAGAAGUUCCUUCAGAACCACCUUCAGAGAAGAUUCCAGAGAAAGCAGCCAUGAAGACAAAGCCAAAACAGUCAGAACUGGUGGCAGCAUCUUAACCUUCUUUCCUCCCCCACUGGGGCCUUGAAGGGAAUUCCUAAUGAACUGUGACCCCCAGAGGGUUCAGAUCUCAGUCCCAGCAAUGGGCACGCCCUGGAACUCUCCUGGACUGGGAAGGACAGAGCAAAGCAAAGUGGACAGGGGUAUGCCAACUGCUCAGCAGCACAUUUAUUGCUCUUGUAUCAAGAUUUUUUUUUUCUAGAGCAUUUUUUUCCUCGUAUUUUAAAGUCUGAAUGCACUUUAGUGCUCUCUUUCUCUCAUCUCUGGAUUAAAUGGUGACUUGCAAAUUUUUCAAGCCAAAUGCUGUUGCUAAAGGUUGUGAUUUCCAUAAUGGUCAAGCCCCAAUCACAACACUCUUGGUGCUGUAUUUACACUACCUACCCCAGACCCUGUGAUGUGCUUGAAGGACUCCCUUUUCCAUAGACCUUUUCUAAGGGUUUGGCUACAUUGGGAAGGAGCAGAGAACUCUUCCUUGAGUAGUCCCACCACCAAGAGGAAGAGAGGUCAUUUGGUUUGGGUUCCUAUUGUUUGGAUUCUGUGUGGGACUGGAGGAAGUCCCUAUAAACAGCGCCGUUUUGUGCUGCUCUUCUUUGGCACUCCAGCCUCUCCCUACCUGUUGGGAUAGGACAACAGCAUGUUCAGAUCUGGGGCAACUUAUCCACACUGAACCAAAAGGUAAGGCUUUGUCAAGGAGAACAAAGGCUUUAGCUUCAUUCCUCUCAUUUGUGUUGUGAACACUGCCUUGGGGGAAAAAAAAUCACUGAUCUUUCUAUAGGAUUUCCAGUAGUACUCCUGAAAGGUUCCAGAGUGUGGUAGAAAAGACUGUGGUUCCAGCAGGAGAGUUCUUACCUGUGAAAAUCCAGUAUGUUGUAUCUAUUUCAACUAUUUUGAAGCCCUGAGACUCACCUAAAAUUUUUGUUUCCUUAAAUAUGGCUGCCCUAUUCUCCCUGCCAUAGCUCUAAUCUACUUCUGAAAUGGGAUGGGAAUUCUUUCAUACUAUUUUCAUAGUUCUUGUUUUUAUAUUAGAUAAUGGAGCCAAUAUUUGAUUUUUCUUCAUCUGAGACAAGCAGGAGCAGAGAUUCUAACAGAGCAACCUUUUAAGAAAGCUUCUCAACAGAUUUGCCCCACAAUCUUUCUAGCAUUGUACAAGUCUUGUCUCUACAAGUUGGUUCUGAUAAAGGUAAAAUAGUGUUAGACUUUUGUCUCUGAAGCACUUAGGGUGGAAUAUGCCUUGUGGACUGAAAUUUCCUUUUAGGCAGCCACUUGGAUAAGAGAGCUAGGGCCUAGCAGCAGAGAUUUGAAGGUGGAUUCUAAUAAAAAUAUUAUUCUUAUUUGGCUCUUAUCACCUUGGUAGUUAUGAGUUUGAGUAAGUUUCUUCCUUAGUGCAUUUUGUCCUUUGAUCCCCAGAACUAGUGAUCCUUGAGACACCAGCAAACACUUGCUGAAAUAAGAGAGAUAGUCUAUACCAUCACCUGGAUGUUUGAUUUUAAACCAGCUAUGUCUUAUGGUGUGUAAAGUAGCCAGUAGGGGGAUGCUCUUUCUCUAAUCUACAAAAUUAAUCUGUUCAGGAAGCCUCAGGCCUUGACUGAAUAAUCUGGACCUCAGAGGCUAUCUUGUACCAACGUCCUCAUUUUACAGGUGAGGAAACUGAGGUCUAAGGAGAUUAAGUGAUAUGUCCAAGAUCACAGAGCUUAGUAUCAGAGACAAGAUUUGGACCUAGAAUCUUUGACUGCAGAGAGCAAUUUUUUCUACUGUACCACAGAAUUUUUAAUAAAGUGAGUUUUCUUCCAGAGCCACACUUUCUGAGCUAAGGAAUCAGAUAGCUACUUGGGUUUUAUCUGUCAGUGCUAAGCUUGAAAUAGAGUAGAAAGGCAGUGACACACAAUUUUAGAAUUGUAAGGGACCUUGAGCAAUCAUCCAGUCCAUCCCUUACCUGAAAAAGAAUCCCUGUUUCGAUGUACCCAGUUAAGUAGCCUCUGCUUAGAGAACUUCAAUGAUGGAUAACUCACUACCUCCCAAGGCAGCCCUUUCUACUUAAGGUUAGCUCUAAUUGUGAAAUAAUUUUUCCUGAGAUGACCAACUAAAUUGGUCUCAUUGUAACCCAUUGCUCCUGAUUCUAUCCUCUGGGGCUAAGAAUAAGUCUAAUCACUGUUCCACAUGACAGUCCUUAAAUGCAUCUAUCAUGUUACCUACCCCCCAAAUCCAAGGCUUUUCCUCUCUAGGUUUUUCAUUAACCAGUCCAGAUAAUGGCAUGGAUUAAAGCCCUUCAGCAACCUGGUUGUCCUCUGGAUUCUCUCCAGAUUAUCUGUGUCCUUAAACUGAUUUUUAAGAUUAUCUGUGUCCUUCUUGUUUUUUUUUCUUAUAGUAAGUAUAUCUAGUGGUGGUGCAAUGGGGCAAUUUUUUGGUCUUUUUAUUGUUCAGAAAAAUGCCCUCUUGGGGAUUAUCACUUCACCUCCUGAGGCCACAGUUUUCUCACCUGUAACAUGACCUCUGAUGUCUCUUCCAGCUCUAUGAUUAAAUCAAUUGCUAAACUUCAGUUUUCACUUAAUAAUUCAGUUACCCAUGGUCAUUGAGAAGAGUAGCCUUGGAUCAUGAGACUCAUAUGUGAUCCCAAACCCUCACGUUAGGUGAGUUUCAAUCUUCCCCACCAAACUCCUAACAGAACUUCUAAUGGGUGCAAAUAGAACACAGAAGAUUAGAUCCUUUCUCUCUGUCCUGUCACCUCUGAAUAAACAGGGGUCAUGGGAUCCUAGAACUAGAGCUGGAGGGACCCUAGAAGUUACCUCAUCCAACUCAUUUGUUUCACAAAAGAAGAAACUGGAGCCCAGGGAAGGGGAAGGGAGUUGCCCAUGGUUCUGCCACUAGUAAGUGGCAGGGCUAGGAUUUGAACCCAGGUUCUGAAUUCUUUCCACUCCAAUGCACAAUGUUGUUUCAGGAGGAAUCUAGGAAAAUGGGGGAAAGAACUAUGGUUAUAAGAAAAGCCAAGACUUAAUAAUCCAUGUAUUAGAUACAACCAGCCCCUGAGCCAUUGAAAAUUUCCUGUAUCUCUAGAAUAGAGGAACAGACUUCAGGCUUGGAGAUUGGGUCAUUAGGGAUCAUCUUCUAUUCUUGGUAUUGAGAAAGGAAUGGUGUAAGGAAGUGGUUAACGAAGUCAUCCAUCACAUCCUACCUGCUGUCACCGAAACACUAACAAAUUCCAUUUGCCUGAGAUUUACAGCAGCCAGUUUUCAAGGGCUUGCCUACAGUUUCCUGUUCUAACCUCUGUACCAAACAGAUUGUACUAUGUAUAUCCUUGAGAGAAAAAGCCGAAUGUGUUGUGAUCUUUAUGAUAUGUUGUAACAAUAAAGUAUUUUUAAUGGUUUCAUCAUCAA